AUGGCGCAGCUGCAGGCUCCAGCUCCUCGUCGGCCCAUCGCGCUGCUUCGAAAGAGACGAACUUCCUCUCAUCAAGCGCGAGCCCUUCACUCUGGCUCGAUCGCAGACGCGACACCAUCGAGCACGAGCACGGGAGAGAACGAAGUGCGAGCAGGCGCACAGCCGGACGAGGAAGAGGAUGGGGAGAAUCGAAACCGACCUGUUAUGAGGCAACGAAGGAGCGCAAGUCCUGUAGCCGGCUCUCACCCCGCUCUCAGCGCAAGCACGAAUCACGCGGAUGGCACACCUUCGCGUCAUGACCGCGACAGGCUCUUGAGUGUGCCCUUGGCCAGAUCAUCACACGCAGCAGGCAACGAAGGCUUGGUGGGCACACCUCGAGCACCAGCGCUACAAUGGGUUUCGAGCCCUAUUCCCAGACAUUGGACACUCAAUCCACUGGCUCGAGGUCGCGCUGGUCAGGAAGGAGGGGACGAGGAGGCGAUGAUGAUGAUGAUGCCUUCCAAACGCGACUCGCCAUUAGACCCAUCCGCAACACCCGCAGCGGCAGCGCUCGUCAAGCAGUUGUGA